GAGUAGCGCAGCACAUGGUCAGGCAUAUAUUGAAGACGGCAAAGGGAUGGUUGAUGGUUCUCUUGAAAAGGGACUGAGAUAACCCGAAGGUGGGGUAGCCCUAAUUGUUUAGGUUUCACUUAAUUUUAUUUCUUCCCACUUUUCUGCCAAACUUGUUUUACAACUCCAAGCUGUAUAUUGCCCCCCACUUCCGUGUUGGCGUCUGUUUCCACCUGUCACAGGUAAGCGGCUUGCCAGGAGUGACCUACCAGCCAGGAUUUCGGAGCGCAGUUUCAGUAUCAUUUCAUUUUCUAUCUUUGAGCAAACACCCAUCCAAGAGGAGCCAUGGGGUCUGAGGCGAGGAAAUGCGAGCUCGCGACAGUGUCACUGGCUGACAAUGAUUAUGAAGCGGAGCCCGCAGGGAUUCCCCCCAGUCACUGCUUUGGAAGCGAGAUCGGGCAGCCAUGGAUUUCCGAAGGACAGCCUGCGGACGGUGUGAUACUGGCGAACGGGUCGCGGAGGAACAGUAAGACAAGAUCGUCGGUCUCCACGGCCGAUUCUGGGGACGAUGUGGUCGCCCAGAUUGAUCACAGCUCCGACAUGGACUUCUGCGAGGACCAUGAGUCGCAGCUGGACUGGUACUGCAGCUCAGAAGCUAAAUUAGUCUGCUCGCAAUGUGUCGCCGCCGGAUCGUGCCACAGCCACAUCGUCACUCCGGUUUCUCGACGAGCCUCGGUUAUUAGGAACCAUCUAGUGGACGCGUGUGAGAAGAUGCAGCUGCAAGCCUCCCGGAUCGAGCGGUUCCUGAGUCAGACCCUGGUCACCAAGGAGCAGGCGCUGCAGGUGGAUGCUAGUGCGGCACGAGAGCGCGUGGUGGCGCGGCUCAACCUGGUGCGGGAGACUUUGGAGGAAGAAGAGCAGCGCCUCCUGGAGGCCGUGCAGAGGGAGGAGGAGCGGGUCCAGCAGUGUCUGCUCACCCAGAAGGCCCACUGGACCCAGGCGCUGGAUUCACUCACACAGACGCGCACACGCCUCGUGCACACUCUCACCCACACCAUGGAUGCAAAACUUGUGAAUUCAAGCCAGGACAUCGCCGAGAGGGUGGAGGAGGCCGAGGGUGUGGGCGAUCCCAUUGACACAGAGAAGCUCACCAUGAAAUUCGGCUGCAGCGAAAGCAAGCUGAUCCUGGGGCUGUGGGCCAGCGCAGCGCUGUUGGGUCACUUGGGUCAUACUCCGAUCAAUCUGACAUUCGACGAACGCACCGUCAGCCCCCUGCUUUCGCUGUCUCCGGACCAGCGCACCUUGACCUUCCUAUCCAAACGGGCCAAGAGGAAUCCCCAGUAUGACCCGGCGCGUUUUGACAGCUGGCCCAAUGCCCUGUGCUCCCGCUUGUUCUCCUCCGGCACCCACAGCUGGGUGGUGGAUGUGUCACAGAGUGACGCCUUCAAAGUGGGAGUCUGCUAUGCCAGCCUGGAGCGCAAGGGCUCCUCUGAUGCAUCCCGGCUGGGCUACAAUGCCCAGUCCUGGGUAUUGUCCCACUUCGAGGAUGUGAUCUCCUUCUGCCACGGCGCACGCCAUGACUACCUGUCUGUGGUGCAGAAGCCAAAGCGGAUCGGGAUUCUGCUGGACUGGCCCGGCUGCACCCUUCUUUUCUUCGACGCUGACUCGGGCACCACCCUGCACACCGUGUGCCACCCUUUCACUGCCCCGCUGCUGCCAGCUUGUGCCGUGGGCAACCGCAGCAUUACAUUGGUGCAGCCAUAACUCACCUGGCCAAAUGCAUAAUUGGGAUUUCAAAAAUGCCAAUUAGUCUAAUUUCUGUGAUGCCAUGUCUCUUUGGUAUAUCAUGUUUGCUAAUCCAGUUGUCCUGGAUAAGCAGCAUGGAAGAUGGAUGGAUGGAUGGAUGGAUUGAUGCAUUGAUGGAUGGAUUGAUGCAUUGAUGGAUGCAUGCAUGGAUGCAUGUUUUGCUAUAGAUAGAUGUUAUUGAUGUGGUUUUAUGUUUUGUAAUUAAUUCAUAAACUGGUUAAUUUAU